AUUGAUUAUGGAUGAGCUAGUUGAUUAUUACAGUUAUUGGCAAAGUUUCUAAUUAAAUUCUACUUUUAAGUAAUCAUUUCAAUAUUGUUUUUCAAUGGAUCUGAAACAGAUCGAUGAAGAGGCCCGACAAGCGGCUAUAAAGGAAAUAAAAAACAUGUUCCAGCGGCCAGGUCAAUUGGAAAAAGUGGACCAAUAUCGUCAUCGUGUUUAUCGAAAAAAAGUCUCAAUUGAAUCAAUGCUGAAAACCUGUAUGCAGAAUCAAACAGAUGACGUUAAAAUUGGGGUUAAAAAGUUGCAGUCUGCUCUGGAGGAUAUCGGUGAGAUAGAUCAGCUGACGAAAGGUGCUGUUUCGCAGCUUACUGAUGUUCCGGCAAUAUACGAAGCUCUGGAAUCUGUGCGAGAUGAGAACGCAAAACACUCACAAUACAUGACGGCUAUGGAGAAUUUGAAACACAUCUUCACGGUACAAUCAAGCGUGGCCAAAACAAUGCAAUGGAUUGAAGAGGACAAGUUGCUUCAUGCGCACCAGUGUCUUUCAGAUUUGGAAAAUUCAAGAGAUGAUUUGCUUUUCGAAUUACACAAGCUUCCGAAGCAGAACGCACAUGACAAAAUUACACUGAAACGAUACUUUGAAAAAGUGGAAUCUGUUUCAUCUACGUUGGAAAAAAAGAUUCGUUUGAUUCUACAGCGAACACUGAACACUGUUCGCAAAGAACCAACCGUCAUUGUAACAGCUCUAAGAAUUAUUGAACGUGAGGAAAAAGCUGAUGCUUUUGCACUGCAGCAACAAAAACAAACUGGAUUUAUUCCCCCUGGGCGACCGAAAGAAUGGCGUAAAAAAGCAAUGCAAGUUCUGAAUGAAGCAGUUAUUCAACGAAUUGAAGGGUCUAAGCUCGAGGAACGAUCGGACAAUAAGCUAUGGUUGGUACGAGAUCUCGAAUUAACUCGGCAAUUUAUUCUGGAGGAUUUGCGGGUGGUUAAAUCGUUGUGUGUGCCCUGUUUUCCACCUCACUAUAACAUUUUGAAGGAAUAUGUAAGCAUGUAUCACAAUGCGCUGUCCAAAUAUUUGGAAGAACUGAUUCAAAUGGGAUUGGAAGGAAAUGAAUUCGUUACAAUCUUAUCCUGGAUUAUGAACACCUAUCCCGGUCGUGAAUUGAUGCAACAUCCUGAUUUGCUGAUUGAUUUGUCUAAUGUUGGAACAUUAGUUAGCGACCAGGUUUUGAAAGGGAUGGAAACGGCUUAUCUCAAAACGAUGGAAAGAAAUUACCAGGACUGGAUGACUAAAACUUUAGAAACUGAGAAAGCUGACUGGAUUAACGGGGUUCAGGUGGAUUCAGCCGAUCAGUUCUAUCACACUUCAGCACCGGUCAUUAUAUUUCAGAUGAUUGAUCAAAACCUUCAGGUCACAAAUACAAUACAUUCCGAUCUAACGUUCCACGCAUUGAUCCUAAGCAUUCAGCAAGUGAUCAAGUAUGGUCACAAUUAUCGUGGCGCUAUAAUCGAGUAUAAAGAACGUCAUUUCCGAGAUCGGAGCCUUGCUCCAUUUUUCACUCAACAUAUUAUUACUAUCGUAAACAAUUGUGCACAAAUGAUUGAACUGGCACAACAAAUGAAACAGCUAUACUGGCCUAAAUCCAAGCCGCAACAUUACGAAGAAUUCGGUCGAUUAUUGAUGACUUAUCAAACGCUUCGAGAUGAAGCUGGUCUGUUUUUGCUAGAAGAAGCAUUCCUCGAUCUGGAAGUCCAUUUCAACGAUCUAUUCACUGCAAAGUGGGUCGGUUCGACAGUGUCUGUCGAUACCAUUUGUGUUACACUCGAAGAUUACUUUCAGGACUAUAACCAUCUUCGUUCCAUAAAUUUCGAGUAUGUGAUCAAUGAAGCACAACGUCUGGUAGCCAAGCGCUAUAUCAAAGCUAUGCUUUCAAAGCGUUUGAGCAAAACUCGUCAGGAAUGCGAUAUUCUAGCCAAGAAAAUUGUAAAGGAAAGCAAACAAAUUAAGGCUUUCUUCGAAAAGGUUGCCCCUAAUGUUUCCCGAAAUGAUACACCCAUUGAUGUUAUCUCUAACCUGGCAAAUCUUUUGACCUGCGACGCUGAGAUGCUAGUUUUGGAUCUUCACACACUGCUUUCCAGUUACCCUUCGCUCACGGAAGAUCAAGUAGUGCGGCUAUUCUACAUCCGAAGUGAUUUCAAAGCGGGUGACGUGAAGGAAAAAGUACAUGAUGCGAUUGUAUCGAAAAAGACUACCGUCAGUCACGACAAGCAGGAUAGCAUAUUCAAAGAGAUCGUAUUUGCCGAUAAACUAUGGUAAAACCACAAAUAAUAACUAUAUUUCGAAAUGUUAUUCUGAGGUAGAAGGUUGAAAACCUAAAUAAAGCGUUUAGCGUAUGAAUAAGA